AUGAGACCAAAGAUCGUGGUAAUUGGUGCUGGUGUGAGUGGUCUUACCACAGCAUUAGAAUUGAAGAAAUCUAGUUCGGAAUAUGAUGUGACUGUCGUAGCACAACAUUUACCAGGAGAUUAUGAUGUUAACUACGUUUCCCCAUAUGCUGGGGCGAAUUGGUAUUCGUUUGCUACCCCAGAAGAUAAGGUUCUACAAGCAUUCGAUAAGCCAUCCUAUAGAGCAUUUAUGGAAUUAGCUCAGAAUGAGCCUAGAUCGGGAAUUUGGCAUAAAAUGAGUUAUGCAUAUUUUACUGAGGAUUACAUGAAGGAGAUCAAUUACGAUACUGGAAAAGGAAUCCCAUGGUUCAAGGAUUUUGUAGAAGAAUUCAAGAUCCUUGAGAAAAAGGAGUUACCAGAAGGCAUUUUGUUUGGGUUUCUGUUUAAGGGAGUUGUUAUAUCGGUUCCAAUAUACUUGAAUUUUUUGCUUUCUAAGGCACUUGAAAAUGGAAUCGCAAUUAAAAGGGUAAAAGCUAUCGAGAAUGUCGAGGAUGCUAGAAAUCUUCACUCUUCUGGAAACAAGGCGAAUUUGGUUAUUAAUUGUUCUGGGUUAUUGGCGUUUAACUUGAAGGGGUACAAUGAUCCUAAUCGUUCGUAUGGGAUACGGGGUCAGACAUUGCACGUAAGAAAUAACGCAUCGAAACAGAUUGAAGUACAGUCAUUCGGCCCUGGCUUUGAAGACGAAAUGCUCUACAUUAUGCCCCGUAAAGAAGGUGGAUCAAUUAUUGGAGGCUGUUUUAUCGAGAACUAUAAGAAUACAGAAGAAGACAAAGAAUUGACCCAAAGACUAGUCAACAGAGCUAAGAAGUAUGCUCCAGAGAUGUUCGACCCUGGAUUCAAGAAUAACCCUACCGAAAUAGACAUAAUUCGUGUGAAUGUAGGAUUAAGACCUUUUAGAGACGGAGGAGUUAGGGUUGAAAAUGAUAGCGAUAACGACUGGUUAAUUCACAAUUAUGGUGCCGGUGGCGGUGGAUACCAAGGUAGCCAUGGAUUCAGUUCUACCGUGGUCUCGCUUGUCAAACAAGCUCUAGACAAAAAAAUGGCUAGCAAAUUGUAA